AUGGUGGACGGAAACGACAUGGCAGCCCCAACGGGCGCCGUCCACAGCAAUAACGGCACCGCAUCGCAGCCGAAGAAGGUCGCAUACUUUUACGACUCGGAUGUGGGCAACUACGCCUAUGUUGCGGGGCAUCCCAUGAAGCCCCAUCGCAUACGCAUGGCGCAUAGUCUGAUCAUGAACUAUGGGCUCUACACCAAGAUGGAGAUUUACCGCGCAAAGCCAGCCUCCAAGUAUGAGAUGACACAGUUCCACACAGACGAGUACAUUGAGUUUCUGCACAAGGUCACGCCCGACAACAUGGAACAAUUCACUCGCGAGCAAAGUAAAUACAAUGUGGGAGACGAUUGCCCGGUGUUUGACGGGCUCUUUGAGUUUUGCGGUAUCAGCGCGGGCGGCACCAUGGAAGGCGCCGCUCGCUUGAACCGAGGCAAAUGCGACGUCGCUGUCAACUGGGCCGGUGGUCUGCAUCACGCGAAGAAGAGCGAGGCCAGUGGAUUCUGCUACGUCAAUGACAUUGUCUUGGGUAUUAUUGAGCUGCUCAGAUACAAGCAGCGUGUCCUCUACAUCGACAUUGACGUCCACCACGGCGACGGUGUCGAAGAAGCUUUCUACACUACCGAUCGCGUCAUGACGGUCUCGUUCCACAAGUACGGAGAGUACUUUCCAGGUACCGGUGAACUCCGCGACAUCGGUGUCGGCGCCGGCAAGAACUACUCGGUCAAUUUCCCCCUGCGAGACGGCAUCACCGACGAGACAUACCGGAACAUCUUUGAGCCCGUCAUUGAGGCAGUCAUGACCUACUAUGGGCCUGAAGCUAUCGUCCUACAGUGUGGUGGCGACAGUCUCUCUGGAGAUCGACUCGGCUGCUUCAACCUGAGCAUGGAUGGACACGCAAACUGCGUCAGGUACGUCAAGAGCUUCGGCGUGCCGGUUAUUGUCUUGGGAGGCGGUGGCUACACCAUGAGGAAUGUUGCGCGAACCUGGGCAUACGAGACGGGAGAGCUGGUUUCCGAGAAGAUGUCCAAGCAGCUUCCUUUCAACGACUACUACGAAUAUUUUGCGCCCGACUACGAGCUGGACGUACGACCAUCCAAUAUGGAAAAUGCCAACUCUCACGAUUACCUGCACAAGAUCAAGUCGGCAGUCAUUGAGAACAUCCGGAGAACGGGAAGGCCAUCCGUUGAGGCUUUCACAACCAUUCCGGACGUGCCCUCGGCCCUGGGCCGCGCAAUGGACUCUGACGCUGAAGACGAGGACGACGAUAUGGAUGCGGAUGAAAACCCAGACGUGCGCAUGACGCAACGCCAGCGCGACAAGCAGGUCGAACACGAGGGCGAGCUUUAUGACGCAAGCGACGAUGAAGAUUACAAGAACAGCCUCGGAGUGCGCGCCCAGCCUGGUGUGAAGAAGAGGCGGAACAUUACCGAUUUCCCUAAUCCAAACGCAGCACCGGCUGAUGAGCUGGAUGGCGUAGAAGAGACCAAUGGUGCAAGCACUGUUUCAACCCGACAAGCCUCUGUGGGCGCAAAGUCGCGCACACAAACUCCUGCUGCUGCCGAACAGGAGGUUGACAAGGACGGUGAUGUCGACAUGGAUGCGCCGGCUCCUGAGGCCGCUCCAGAGCCUGCUCCCGAGGCUGCCCCAGAGGCCGCCCCUAAAGCUGCUCCUGAAUCCGCUCCUGCACCAGCCACUGCUCCUGCUCCCGUCGUUGAGCGGGACCCAUCUCCUGCGGGCGUUGUGACUCCACCCGAGUCGCCGCCCACUGCGGCGCCGGCGGCCAUGGCACCCACAUCAGCUCCCGUAGCUGAUGUUGAAAUGGCAGACACUGACGAAAAGGCGGAGGAGACUACUGCUGCAAAAGAAGAGGGCGAGGCAGAACGCGACAGUGAAAACGUCAAGGGUGAAGUCCGAACAGAAGUCGCCAAAGAGUAGGAAUUCCGAGGCGGACGACUGCGACGCAUAACGUGCAGUGGAUAGUUGCAUUCGAGAGGCGUUCAUUUCUUGGUCGCGAUACUUUGGUCAGGAUCUUGUAAAAGGCAGCGAAGCGGGACUGGUGUUUUCGGUGUGCAUGGAUCUUAUUGGAUAUUGGGGAAUACCUUUUGUAUGUCUGUUACGUUUUUUUUUCUUUGUCGUUUUCCAUCAUUCCUCUUUGCUUUGUGCUUGUAAGAGUUGUUUGACAUUGGAUAUACACAGUCUC